AUGAGCAACUUCCUUCCCAUCCCAACCAAACGUGCAGAGCCUUUACCCGCUUUUUCAGGCCACAUUCUCACUUACAUUUCGCACCAUUUUCGCGAUGCUCACCCAGAGGCCUUUCGGAAAGACGUCGAUGUACUCGCUACGAUGAGGCGAGAGCUGGUGGAACCCAAAGCUGAGGCUCAUCCAGAAAUGACCAAGGGUCUCAUGAGAUAUUAUGCUCAACUGAGCUUUCUUGCCACCAAAUUCCCUUCAGAUAUCGGCCUCUCCUUCGCCUAUCAUCUCCCCUUUCCGCCCAUCUUCUCUUUGACGGCCGAGUCCACUGUCUCCCUUCCUUCCCUCACAUACGAAAGAGCUUCUGUACUCUUCAAUGUUGCCGCUCUCUACUCGAUAAUGGCCGCUUCAGAGCGUCGCGCGGAGGUCGAAGGGAUUCGGCGGGCUCUGGGCUACCUCUCGGCUGCGGCGGGUAUUUUCCACCAUCUGAUUCAGUCCAUUCUGCCUAUACUGAGGACUGAGAUUGGGUCGCCCCAUGCUGCAGGAUACGACAUGACAGAGUCAUUUCUCACCACCUUGCGAGAAUUCCUGCUCGCAGAAGCUCAAGAGUGUUUCUGGCAGCAGGCUGUACUUCAAGGUACAUAUAAAAAUUCGCUGAUAGGCAAGCUGUCGAUGAAAGUCUCGGAGUAUUACGGCUCGGCUCUCUCAGCUGCCAAUGCAGUUGAAUAUCCAUCGGCUGCCUAUUUCCCGGUGGGAUGGCUCAGUCAUAUCACAGUGAAACAGAUGCACUUUGAAGCUGCGGCUCAGUACAGAUUGAGUCAGGAUGAUCUGGAAAGUAGACGCUAUGGCCACGAGAUCACCAGGUUGAGGAUUGCUGAGGGAUUGGCCAAGAAGGGUUUGGAAGCCAGCAAGAAGGGUGUGGCAGAUGCGGUACUUUCCGACCUGAAGAACCUGUCAGCAGCUGUGAAGAGCAAUCUGGAGCGCGCCGACCGUGACAACAACUUGAUCUACAAUGACCCAAUCCCACCAGCAAACCAACUUCCUGCCCUCAAAGGCACAAGCAUGGUGAAGCUCUCUACUCCCCCAGAAGUCUCGGAUCCUGUCGCAUGGCUCAUGAACAACAAUGCAGGUAUGCCUCCGCUUUUCAGCGGAUUGGUCCCGUAUGGCGUUCACUUGGCUUUGAGCAUCUACGACGAUCGCAAAGAUACUGUGGUGAGGGAUCUGGAUGGUAAGAGGGAAGAAUUGGAUGGACUCGCUGCAAGCACUCUACAGUCUUUGAACCUCCCUGGAUCGAUCGAAGCCUUGGAAAGACCUAUAGGCUUACCUCCGUCAUUGAUGAAGAAGGCCGAAGAGGUUGAGGCGGCCGGUGGAACGGACAAAAUUCGUUCGCUGCUUGGAGAAGUGUCUAGGUUGGCAAAGACGAAUGCUAAGCUCCUCUCAGAGGCCAUGGAUAUAUUGGACCAAGAAGCUACCGAGAACGAGCAUCUUUUAACAUCCCAACCCCAUCUAAUCAGCAGUCGACAGCCUUCUCAUGAGGCCAAUCAGCGAUUGAUCGGUAUGGCCGAUCAGUACGAAAAGACUUUGAAGCAAGCGGCAGUUAGCGAUGCCACCGUUGUGUCAAAAUGGGAAGAAUUUUCAGAAGUUAUAGAGGUGUUGGCAGGUGGCGAGGAGGAAUUACGUUCAUACAUUCCAUCAACCGCCCGGUCCUCUUCGUCGUCCUUGCCAACAUCUGUGCGGCCACUACGCGCCUCUCUUGAAGAACUCGACGAUCGUAUGUCGAAUCGGGCAAGAAUUGUGGCGGAGGCAAAACAUAUCGCCAGUGGGGAUGAUGUCCGAGCGGCUGUACUCACAGAAGCCACCCGCUUAGCACAUGGUGGAAGUGGAGACGUCAAGACCGAAUGGUUUGAGGACAUUUUUGAACGAAAUCUGGGCAAGUAUGAUAAGUUUAAGGAUGAAAUGGAGAAAGAGGCGGCAUUCCAGGAAGCUCUGCUGGGCCGAAUACGUGAGCAGAAUGAAGCCUUCCUGGCUGAGAGGAAACAAGAUCCAAUGAUCAAAGAUCGUGAACGCGCCUUGCAAGAGAUCGAUGGGGCGUAUUGGAAAUGGAGGGAGAUCGUGGAUAAUGCUCAAGAAGGUAUCAAAUUUUACAAUUCUUUGAGUGACAUGUUACACGCCUUCAAAGGAUCCUGCGGGCAAUUUUUGAAUUCGAGACGGGCUGAUGUGGGAGCAAUAACCACUCAAUUCCAAAACACUCAUAUUGACUCCUUACCACGUACGACUGCAUCUCAACCCCUCCCUCCUCCACCUCCAAAACAAGUAACUUUCGCCCUCUCUCAUCCCAACUCCGGUCAGUGGACAUCAGGCGCAGAUUUACUUCCUCCACCCCCACCGCAACCGAUAUUACGUUCAGGAGGUGUACCUCAGGCCGCUCAAUCAGUAGAUAGUCCAAGAAGAAUGACAAGGAGUCAAGCUGCCGCUGCUGUCUCAUGUAUGCAACCGAAGACGGAGAGUCCCCCUAUCGGGGAUCGAGGGGCGAAUCCAUAUAAACGUGGAGGGCGACGUGGAGGAGAAGGUGUCAUUUGA